GGUGAGCCUCUGGGGCGUACCGGCUUGGCGCGGCGGAGGCGGCGGAGGCUGGGAGAGCGGUUGGCGGAGUACGUUCGUCGUAUUGCCUGAGAGAAGCGGAGUCUCCGAGGUGGUGUCCAUCAUGUUCUCUUUCAACAUGUUCGACCACCCGAUUCCCAGGGUCUUCCAAAACCGCUUCUCCACACAGUACCGCUGCUUCUCUGUGUCCAUGCUAGCAGGGCCUAAUGACAGGUCAGAUGUGGAGAAAGGAGGGAAGAUAAUUAUGCCGCCCUCAGCCCUGGACCAACUCAGCCGACUUAAUAUUACCUAUCCCAUGCUGUUCAAACUGACCAAUAAGAAUUCGGACCGCAUGACGCAUUGUGGCGUGCUGGAGUUUGUGGCUGAUGAGGGCAUCUGCUACCUCCCACACUGGAUGAUGCAGAACUUGCUUUUGGAAGAAGGUGGCCUGGUCCAGGUGGAGAGUGUCAACCUUCAAGUGGCCACCUACUCCAAAUUCCAGCCUCAGAGCCCUGACUUCCUGGACAUCACCAACCCCAAAGCCGUAUUAGAAAAUGCACUUAGGAACUUUGCCUGUCUGACCACCGGGGAUGUGAUCGCCAUCAACUAUAAUGAAAAGAUCUACGAACUGCGUGUGAUGGAGACCAAACCUGAUAAGGCAGUGUCCAUCAUUGAGUGUGACAUGAACGUGGACUUUGAUGCUCCCCUGGGCUACAAAGAACCUGAAAGACAAGUCCAGCAUGAGGAGUCGACAGAAGGUGAAGCCGACCACAGUGGCUAUGCUGGAGAGCUGGGCUUCCGCGCUUUCUCCGGCUCUGGCAAUAGACUGGAUGGAAAGAAGAAAGGGGUGGAGCCCAGCCCCUCCCCAAUCAAGCCUGGAGAUAUUAAAAGAGGAAUUCCCAAUUAUGAAUUUAAACUUGGAUGAAGCUGGAGGCAGAUUCGUCGCUUUCUCUGGGGAAGGACAGUCAUUGCGUAAGAAGGGAAGAAAGCCCUAAGUGAGGACUGUUGGCUGACUGGAAAAUAAUAAAAGAAUAAAUUGCAACAUCUUGGCUUUUAGUUACUGGCACUGACAGGGAUGAGCCUCAUCAGAAUACUCUGUUACUUAAGAUUUGCUUAGAGUUACCUAAGAAUUAUCAAGUUUUACUUGAAGUGGAGCAGCAGGACUUUGUAGUUGUACGCUUGAUUUGGGGAAAGACAAAGAGCUGUCCCUGAGGGCCUGUAGGCAGCUGCCGCCUCACCUCUUCAUGCUUUCAGCUUGAGGGGGGCUCCCACUGCCUCAGCAGGAGCAAUUCUGUAUCCCUAAUUCUGUCAAAACCAAUGGAGGUGACUAAAUUGUCUAACAUGAAGUGUUCUUUCUUUUUCAUUUAUCCUUUCUUUUCCUAGGUCAGUUGCAUAGGUGUCAGUCUUUGGCCUAAAAAAAGGGUUUAAAUAGACGUGUGUUCUAUAAAUAGUGGCUGUCCCACUACUGUGGCUGCAAUUUAAGUAUUUGACAAAGAAUGUUUCUAUUUUUAUUUUCCAUAUUUUUUUCAAAAACAUCACUCAGAAAAACCUGAUCUGAAUGAGUUUACACUUUUAUUCUCAUUUCAUAUGGACAUAACUGGCUCCUUAGUGAACCUGUUCAUAGUGAAACAACUCCACGGAGAAGCAAACGUGAAUGUUGGAAUGAACAAAUGCUAAAGAGAUGUUCCUCUCUUUCUUCCCUACUCCCCCACUCCUAAUUUUAAUUUAUUAAAUCAUCCAAGCUUC